UCAUAAAGAACUAUGUCUGAAAUGCAAAGUUCGACGAUGCCUUGGUGUCGCUAUUGAAACUAGUAUGAGGUAUUCAACAUUGACAAGUGGUUUUACAAUUUUUUUUUUUUUACUUCAAGUUCAUAGCUUAGUAUUUUACCGAUAUUAUCAUAGUGUUAAAUUUUCGAAGAACAUUAUUAGACUCUAAAAUUCUGUUGUCAUAUUUAUUCUAUUAAUAAAUAGACACAUGUGUUUUUGUGUAACUGUUAGAGAGCAAAGUAAUUUUUGCUGACAAUUUAGAUCAACAUUAAUACACUCACCAUAUUUUUAUUAGCAUCUAUAAAUUUUUUUUUUUUUUUAAAUUCAUUAACGUUAUUUCUUCAAUUGUACACUUUGUGUGAAUUCAAUUUAUACCUUAGAUUGUUUUUAUUAAUAUAAAAACAACAAUUUAUGAUGAGUUAAUUAUGUUCAGACAAUAUAACUCAAAAAUUAAUCACUAAUAAAAUGAAAUUAUUUGGUAUUCAAUUCGCGCCAAUUUGUGUUCCAUUAGAAAGACGGCUUCAAACUUUAGCCGCUGGAGGAUGGUUCGUUUUUAUUGUAUUUGGUGGUUCAAUGGGUUGUUUUUUAGCUAUUUAUUUAAUUUUUUUUACUGAAUGGAUUCGAUAUUUAGUGAUUAUUUAUAUUGCAUGGAUUUACUACGAUCGAGACACGUGUAUUCAAGGUGGACGUAGACAACGAUAUACUCGUUGGAUCAGAAGGUGUUCAUGGUGGGCUUAUUUUCGUGAUUAUUUUCCAAUAAAAUUGUAUAAAACAGCUGAUCUGGAUCCAUCUCGAAAUUAUUUACUAUGCUCAUUUCCUCACGGAAUUUUGGCAACUGGAGCUUUUGCGUCAUUUGCCACUGAUUCUUUAAAUUUUCACAAACUGUUUCCGGGUCUAGAACCAAGACUGAUUACUCUUACACAACAUUUUAUGUUCCCAUUUUUUCGGGAAUGUAUUUAUGCUUUCGGAGCUUGUAGUUCGAAGGCAGAGAGUUUAGAAUGUUUAUUAAAACAUAAAAAGUCAUCAGACCCAGAUGACCUAAAUAAAGCAGUCAUUUUAAUAGUGGGUGGUGCUGCAGAAGCUUUAAUGUCUCGCCCUUCAACUUAUCGCACUCUUUGUAAUAAACGAAAAGGUUUUGUAAAAAUUGCCUUAAAGACUGGAACACCAUUGGUACCUGUUUUUUCAUUUGGAGAAACAGAUUUGUUUGAUCAAAUUGUAGCACCCAAAAAUUCACUUCUCAAUCGAAUCCAAGAAUUCUUUAGAAAAAACGUUGGAGUUAUUCCUGUUCUUGUUAUCGGUCGUGGAUUUUUUCAAUAUUCAUUCGGUAUUAUACCGCGAAGAAGACCAAUUUCUGUUGUUGUUGGAUCACCGAUUGAAGUUCCAAAAGUUACUGAACCAACAAGAGAAGAAAUAAAUAAAUAUCACGAUUUAUUUAAAGAGAAAUUAAUAGAACUAUUUGAAACAGAAAAACAUAAAUAUCUAGAAAAUGCAGAUAACAUUAAGUUAAGUAUAGAAUAGUUUUUCCAACUUCAAGUCAUUAAUAUAAUCACAAAAAUAAUUUUAAAGAAUAAACAAUUAUAAUUACCUCUAAAAACGAUAUUACUGCAAUAAAUAAACAUACUGCAAUACAAAAAACAUUAUAAUAUGUUUGUUAGCAUUUUUUUACUCACAUGAUUACUUUUAACGAUGUUUCUUCAUUUAAAUAUAAUUAUAUAAAAGCUCAGUAAUGAUGAAAUAACAUAUGUUAUAAAUCUGUUAUCUAUUUUUAUUAAGAGUAGUAUUUUAGUUGACA